UCUUUGGUUUCGUUUCGUGGCGAUCUUGUAAUAAUUCACACAGAGUCCCAACCCUAACUUUUCUUUCUCGCUGUCCCCUCCCACCGGCAUCUCACGAUGGAGUUCUCUGCCGCCGACUUUGAAAGGCUUGUGAUGUUCGAGCACGCUCGCAAAGCUUGCGAGGCUCAGUACGCUAAGGAUCCUCUCGAUUCCGAGAAUCUGCUGCAGUGGGGUGGAGCAUUGCUUGAACUUGCUCAGUUCCAGUCUAUUCCCGAGGCAAAGCUCAUGUUAAAUGAUGCGGUUUCCAAAUUGGAAGAGGUGUUGACAUUAAAUCCGGGGAAGCAUCAGGCUCUUUGGUGUCUUGGCAACGCCUACACUGCCCACGCCUUCCUUACCCCUGAUAUCGAUGAAGCCAAAGUUCACUUUGAUAAAGCCGCUGAUUAUUUCCAAAGAGCUGAAAACGAGGAUCCAGGUAAUGAGAUGUACCUCAAGUCCUUGGAAGUUACAGCAAGGGCCCCGGGGCUGCAUAUGAACAUACAUGGGAAUGGGACGAUGCAGCAGUCACUGGGUGGAGGUGGUGGAGGAGGAGGUCCCUCAGCUUCAUCAAAUGCUGGCGGUGGUAAGAAGAAGAAUAAGAAUAAGAACAAUGACUUCACAUACGAUGUAUGUGGUUGGAUCAUUCUCGCUUUUGGGAUUGUUGCUUGGGUUGGCAUGGCUAAAUCCCUUGGCCCUCCUCCUCCUGCUAGAUAAUAAUAGCCCUAGUAGCCACGGCCAUUUCCAUAAAGGAAAUAAUGUCUGCUAGUUCACGUUUUCCAAACAGAGCGGUCCUAAGCCCUGUGACUAUGGUUUUGUUUUUUUGCUUGGUGUACACCUCCAUCAAAUUUUUAUUUUAUUUUUACUUAAUCUAGGAUGUCUUUUUUUUUUACUGAUAUUUGAUUUCCUUUAUCUACGUGGGUAGUUAUGUUUUGCACGAACUCAAGGUGUGUACACACACGAUUUCUAUAUGAGUCCGUAAGAAUUGACAA